AUGGUACUUGCCCUUGCCUUGACCGCAGAGUUAAACGGAGUUACCGACCUUCUUCCCAAUGACACUGAAGACAAUCCGUUCUUCUACACGUUCAAAGUACAAUGCACCUCUUGUCGCGAGAUUCACCCUAAUUGGGUGACUGAACAAAAUGAAAUAAGCGGGAGCCGAGGAGAAGCCAAUUUUGUUUGGAGGUGUAAGUCCUGCAAGAGAGAGCAAUCCGCAAACAUCAAGGAAAAGCCAAAGGCAUACCCGCACUCGGACGCCGCAAAGAAGCAGAACAUUCUCGAAUUUGACUGUAGAGGACUUGAAUUUGUCGAGUUCAAACCUGACGGCGAAUGGACCGCGAAGGGUCUCGAAUCAGGAACCAAAUUCACAGGCAUCGAGUUACACGAGGGCGACUGGUUUGAUUACGACGAGAAAGCUAGCGAAGAAGUCAGUAUCACCGACAUGAAGUGGGAAAUUCGACGAGCAUGA